AUGGAAGACGCCCAGGAGCUCGAUGCGCGCGAGUACGCCGAUGCGGACGCACUCGUGGCGGCGGCGGCGACUGCGGCGUCGUCGUCGCGGGACGGCACGGUGACGUUGACGAACCUUCGGGUGACCCAUCGGAAGCGGCGGGGCCAGCGGCAGUUCUGGGUCACGGCCGCACCCCCUGCCGGUGGGCUGGAGGUGCACAUGUCGUUCAGACGCGCAGACUUGGACGACGGGAGACGGGAAGAGGAUGCCGCCAUGCUAUGGGAAACCGAUGCGCACGCUGCGGCGUUCGAAGCCGCGACGCCGGGCGCCAUCAUCGCGCGCGCUUCGGGAACGCUCGAGGCGCCCCGCCGACAGAUUUUGGAAGAUGGGCACGUCGAGGGGACGCGAAGGUGCAUGUGGUGCGGCGCGGCGUCGUGCGCGGGGUCAUCACCGGGGCGUAGGUGCCCGGCCGCCGCUCCCGUGCUGCGCUGCGGCCGCAUCGAGUGGGCCCGAACGUCCCCGGACGGCGACGACGACGAUUCUGGCGCCGACGCCUGGCUCGUCUUCGACAUGGCCUUCGACCGCGACAUGAACGCCGCGGAGCACGGCGCGCUGAGUCGUCAGGUGUCCAUGUGCGUCGCCGCUAACAGGCGCGCGAGGCGACCGUUCAGAAUCGCCGCGAUAUCCCCGAACGAAGCCGACGACGACCUCGCCGCGGUGGCUCCGUCAUCGUCGUCGACCACUAUCGAGUCCGACUCUCCUUCGUUCGUCGUCAGCCGCGACGACGCGGCGGAUCCGGCGAUGGGCCGAAACGCCUGGCGCAGGCUCCCGUGGGCUCGAUGGGGCGCCACGUGCGGUGGUCCGAGAACUUGGCGCCGGUUCGACCCCGAUCGGGUCAUCUACCUCUCCGCGGAUGCGGCGGAUACGCUCGACGAAAUCGCGGAUGGCGACGUCUUGGUGCUCGGGGGCCUCGUGGACCACAGGGAGAAGCCCGGCAUGGCGCUGGACCGCGCGCUGGACGAUGUCAACGCGCCGAUUCGGUGGAGAACCGCGAGACUGCCGCUCGGUGGGCACGUUCGGCUCCUGAAGAACGCGCACCUGCCUUGUUUGGCGGUGUGCCAACUUUUGCUUUUGGCGAGGGAGCUGGCCGGGGACGCGGUUGCGCUGAAUGACGGCUUGGCGGCGGCGGAACGAGGAGGUGGAGGACGCGAGGGACGAGACGGGAGGAGGAAGACGAGGAGCGGGGGUGACGAACGCGACGUCCACGAGAAGGACGGGGAGAUGGAAGGUGGUUCCAUGAGGGGAGUGUGGAACGUCGCCAUCUCGUCGUGCCCGGCGUUUAGGUGCGCGCCGCUGCACAAGUACGUGGUGUGGCUGCCUCCUCACGACGCGCUGAACGGGGAGCGGCGGGGCGGUGCGAGGAACAGGCCGAGCGGCGUGACGGACGUCAGGGCGCUGGUGGCGCUAUCGUAA